AAUACCUACAUAUUUGAGAACUCCUCGCCCUCCUAAAUUACAGUUCAACAUCCAACCCACAACUUCCCAGCUGCCGAUACCCUCAGAUUUCCAUAUCACUCCCAUAGCUGCUCCUCCCCAACAUGUCAGGAGAAGUAACCUCGUCCGCGCACCCGCGACCAUCGUCUCGAGCGAAGUCGCCACUUUCGCUGGAUCUAACCGACCUGCCCCCGCUGGUGGAGCCCUCACCUCCCUCCAAUACCCUAAUCAUCACAAAUCUCCUCGAGCCUGAAAUCUUCCAUCCCGCGAACCUCGUUCAGAUCCGCGAACUCAUCAAUCAAUAUGCUCGGAUACACACCUGGGCGCCGCUGAAGUCCUUCCGCCGAAUAGUAACCUCAUUCUUCGACGUUGAUUCCGCCAUCCUCAUACGGCAAAAGCUCGACGGAGAAACUCUCAUGGGUUCCCGCAUCCGAGUGUACUUCGGGCUGAACACACCCUUGAACCCAAGCGACCAACACCUACCACUACCCAAGUCGGACAAGCUCUUCUUCAUUUCUCCGCCGCCUUCGCCUCCGAUGGGCUGGGAAAUGCAAAAUGAGGAAGCACCCAACAAGAUUGUACACGCAGAAGACCUGGCUAGCGCACUAGCGAAACUGCACGCACACCACAUUGACGACCCGGACCAUGCAAUGGAUGGGGACCUACCACCAAGCCCAAUCACCCAAAGGCGGCGAACCGGUAGUGCGACUGUCGUGUAUGACCCUGUCGAUCAUGGCGGCAGUCCAGAUCUGCCUGCGAUUGCUGUUGAAGACACGACCGAUAGUCCUGCGCCUUUGACGCCAAAUGUCGAUGCUAUGGAGGGAAUUGAAGGUCCAAUAGCGCAACAGCGUGCGCAAGGCAAAACACUCGCUACAGCGAGGCCUCCCGUCGAACUCAUGCAUUGAGUGCCGUUGCGAUUGCCGUUCUCUCUUGUAUAUUAGUAAAUGCCUAGGUCCCUUUGGGUUAUGGUCAUGGUCUGGGUUGGCGUUAUAUAUAUGGGUGGAACACAAUGGCGACCUUGGUUGAUACGGGGCUAGGUGUUGAUUGUUCCU